AUGGCAUCUCCUACAGAUGGAACAGUUCUGGAAGCAUCUUUGUUAAGUUUUGAAAAGCUUGACAGUGUUUCACGAGAUCUUUGGCCAGAACAAUUACCAGGUGUUUCUGAAUUUGCAGCUUCCUUCAAAAGCCCUAUUACUAGCUCUCCAUCCAAAUGGAUGGCUGAAAUAGAAUGUGUUGACAUUGACAUGUUGAAAGAACUGGACGACCUAACUACAGCUAAUUUGAACGAGAAGGUACAAGGCCUACAGAACCUGGCCUAUCAGCUGGGGCUUGAUGAGUGUUAUUCCUCUACUCUAGGGGUUGUCCUUUACUUGACACUCUGGUGUGGCAUUUCAAUGUCUUAA